AUGCUGCUUCACGGCCUUUUCCUAGGCCUUGCGCCCGCAGUACUGGCCCAGGGCGGGUUGGUGGUCAACCCAAAGAAUGUCGAUGGGAAUCAGAGCGGCAGCAAUUUCGCACGUUCGAUGCCUAUGGACAUCGCGAGCCUGUGGAACAACCGUGCAUUCGCCAUGUCCCCAGGCGAUGCUGAUUUCGAUGGCAUGUACUCGGGAUAUCCAGCCCAGUAUCUGCCAGGACCCAAUUUCACAUACGCAGGAGUGAAUUACAUCUUUCCUCAAUACAACGCGUCUGGCAACGAUAACGCCCUCGCUCAAGGUCAAACGAUCAAGCCACGAAAAGGCAGAUACUACAGCAUACAUAUGCUCGCGGCAGCUGAGACGGCCAUUGCAACUGGAACACUCAGUGCGACCUACUCUGAUAACACAACUACAUCUGGACAGAUCCUUGUGGAUCCAUUCUGGGCGUGGCCGUACCCAUAUGGAGGAGACGUCAUCUUCCCGUACUAUCUGACAAACAGCAGCAUUGACUACAAUCGGUCCAUGAUUUUCCAAACAAUCAAUUGGCUAGAUUCGACCAAGGAGGUGACCAGUAUCCAGUUACCCAACGUGACUGCGGGAGCCAGUAACAGCCCAGGUGGUGCAACCCAAGAGACAAGGUUGCACAUCUUUGCCGUCUCUCUGAUACCCGCUACCGGCACAGGUAUCGACUUGGAGAUUCAGUACGCUCGAACGACCAACAUGUGGUUUGAGGGCACCGACAAAACACAGAUCGUUGAAGUCAAAGUCAAUAACAUGGGAGAUGAAUGGGUGUUGGCAAACAACAGUGUCAAGGUCACGGUAUCAGCUUCUGGCCUUACUACUAUUACUCCUGGUGUCAUUAAUCGUCUGCGCCCAGGAGAUCAGGCCAUAGUUCAAGUCGGUUGCAUCAACGCCAAUGGAACCGCUCCAGGAACUAUCGGAGAGGCGACAGUCCAUAUCAGUGGAGCUGGAGUGCAAUCUAGCUCCAACUUCAAUGCUACGUUUGGCAUCGCGGAUUACCAGGCAACAUAUGACAGCAUUUACAGUCACGAAAGCCCAUCUUGGUUCACAAAUGGUAAAUUUGGCAUCUUUAUCCAUUGGGGGGUCUAUGCUGUGCCCGGCUGGGGCAACGUUGGCGACAAAGAACAGUACGCGGAAUGGUAUUGGUGGUACAUGGACCAGGGACCCAACGGCACGAAGGGAAAUUUCUAUGAGUACAAUCUUGAAACAUACGGUCCAGACCAUGUCUACGAUGACUUUAUUCAGAAUUUCACGACUUCGUCGUACAAUCCGAAGGAAUGGGUAGAUCUCUUCGCUGAUGCAGGAGCACAAUACUUCGUCCAAACGUCCAAGCACCACGAAGGCUACGCUAUAUUCGACGUCCCCUCCAAUAUUACCACGAGAACCAGUGUGGCCCAAUUUCCGCACAAGAAUCUUCUGCAGAUGCUUUUUGACGCUGCGGACCAAUAUCAGCCUCAUCUGCACAAAGCAACCUACUUCUCUCUUCCGGAAUGGUUCCAUCCAGACUACAAAAAGUACGGAUUCGGCGACUGGCCUGGUGGCAACGCUACGAAUCCCUACACGAACGAGACUCUCCCGUAUACUGGCUAUGUUCCCCUCAACGAUUUUGUAGAGGACCUCAUUCUCCCGGAAAUGCUCAUACUCGCGGACAUGGGAACCGAAAUUAUGUGGUGCGACAUAGGCGGUCCCAAUCUCACGGCCGAAUUCGCAGCUUCGUAUUUCAACAGCAUGGCGAAGAAGGGAAAACAAGUGGCCAUUAACAACCGCUGUGGACUACCUGCCGAUUUCGACACGCCCGAAUACGCCCGUUAUGACGCUGUGCAGGUGCGCAAAUGGGAAAGUAAUCUCGGGAUGGACCCGUACAGCUAUGGCUACAACCGCGACACUCCUGAUUCUGCGUAUUUGGCUCCGAAAGAUAUCGUCACGAGUCUGGUGGAUAUUGUCUCGAAGAAUGGGAAUUUCUUGCUCGAUGUCGGACCCCGAGCCGAUGGGACCAUUGUUGAAAUCGAACAGCAGAACCUCCGUGCUGCGGGGAAAUGGAUUAAGGAGCACGGCGAAGCUAUUUUCAACACGACAUAUUGGUUCAUUAGGCCCGAAGAAGGUGACACGAUUCGCUUCACUCAGAACUCGGACUCUUUCUAUAUCUCGACCUUGUACAAGCCGAAUGCGACCUUGAUGAUUGAUAGCCCGGUUCCGUAUGUGGACGACGAUAAGAUCACCGUUGUGGGCGGAAACAUGAGCGGGACUGUUAUUCCGUCGAAAUUGUUAAGCAAUGGUACGAUCACAUUUCCACUCAGUCUCUUCGCCUGUGCGAGACUUACGCGCUGACCACUUUUUGAUUGUAGGUACGUUGCAGCUUACGGUCUCAACAGCGGUACAGAACGCCGACCGGUAUGCUUGGGUCUUCAAAAUUGCCUACGGUGGUCAGGUCGCCUGGAACGGGACAUCUAAUCAGACAUACUCCGGCCCGGAACUUCCGACAUCGCUCCAGAGUAUCUCGUCAGCUUCGUUGGGAUUGGAUUGGAUGGCGAGUGCACUAGUCCUUUUGCCAGUUGCUUUGUGGAUGGUACUAUGAUGAUGGAGGACAACAGCCACGUAGCAGAAGCCGAACAUAAUCGACAGACCUCAAUUAGAGAGGCCAAGAUCGAAAUCGAGCUGUCAUUUCUGUGCGCAUUGGAGAGGGUUGGCGGUCAUAAGGUGGAGUUUCUCCUCAAUCUUACUGAUUACAGGUUCGUCGAUGCUCAGUGGCCAGUAAAAAUUGAAGCUAUCAGCAUGACUGCAAACACUUAUCCGCACCGAUGUUUCUAUCGCGAUGCAAACAUGCUGUGUCGUAUAUGUCAUUCCGACAACGCGAUUUGAAUAUAUCAUUGUAGGACACUGGCACCUGGUAGUUGUUCUCUUCUUCUCCUUCGCUUCGAAUACUGACCAAGAAGUGCUAGGAUCUGCAAAAAGCACUCCACGACUUCCAGAUUGUUGGCUCUAAACAACGCACCACCAUGCAGCUCCUGAUCACCACCAUCGCCGCCUUUCUGGCCUCUGUUGCAUACGCACAGAGCAAAGUUCCGGGCGAGAAUCCUUUGACUUACUGCAACGCCAAUCGUGCCGGCGAAAUCGUCAAAAUCUCCGACGUCGAGUUCGAACCCAAUCCACCCAUCAAGUAUAGCAUUCCCUCCGUUAGAAUUCCCCCUCACUUGCUGAAAGAUCUUUGCAGGGGUCAACCACUCACCAUCAUCGCGAAUGGAACAUCCCGGGAGCCCAUCAUGCCGGGCGAUUACAUUCAGUUGAAUGUCCACUGGGGUAAGCAUCCCAAAUACUGAUCCGGAACUCGAGGAGUGCUGAAGUGUUGUCCCAGGCUGGCUUUCCGUCGCCAACGAGAAACUCGACAUCUGUCAACAGAUGGAAGAGGCCCUCCACAUGAAAUGCCCCACCAGCCACUUCUCUUUCAAGCACACGGUCGAUUUGCCGAGUUCGAUGCCAAGGGGCACCUACACCCUGAAGGCCGAUGCUAGGUGAGUUGUUCUUGUGAUAGAGAGAGAAGUGUGAUGUGUCCUGACCAUUGUUAUAGACAAGCCGAUGGCGAUACUUUGAGCUGUUUGACGUCCGACUUGCACUUUUGA